AUGUCACAUAGAAGUCGAAGAAUUUUGGGUUUGGUUUUGAAAACUAAGGAGUCCCAUAGUGACCACACAUCCGCCAGCUUAUCGGAAUGCGUAAAACAAGAUACCUGUGAUAUUCCAAUGUUUCAGAAAAUAAGUCAAGAGAAUAUAGAAAAUAUUAACCCAUGCGAUACAGAAGUCGCGCAUGUAGUUGCUGAAACUGCCAGUUCCCAAAAAGUAGAAAAUGUCACUCAGUAUCAAUCAGUCAGUCAAACAAAACUUAAUCUUGUACCAAACUACGAUAGCGAAGGUACUUCUAACGAAGAUAAGCCACAAACCAGCACGUCAAAGCAGGUCGCAAAAGGCGGAAACGUCCAGAAAACUGGAGACAAAACCGAAUGA